AUGUUUGGCGCCAAAAUCAUCAGGGCUCAACGGGAGAAAUCUGACCCAGGACGUCCUCACAUCAAGCGUCCAAUGAAUGCAUUCAUGGUCUGGGCCAGAGAAGAGAGGAGGAAGAUCCUGAAGGCCUGCCCGGAUAUGCACAACUCCAACAUCAGCAAGAUUUUGGGUAAGGGCUCGGUAACAAAAAUUGAUAUGUUUGUGGAUGGAGACCCGGUUAAAAAAUGGAUAUGUUUGUGGAUGGAGACCCGGUUAAAAAAUGGAUAUGUUUGUGGAUGGAGACUUGGUUAAAAAAUGGAUAUGUUUGUGGAUGGAGACCCGGUUAAAAAAUUGAUAUGUUUGUGGAUGGAACAACUGGUUCUGCGGCAGUUUGAAAAAAAAUUUUUGAUUGUUUUGUUGAUGAUUGUUUUGGCUUAAUGAAUUAAUUGGCAAUACAGUAACUUGAACUGUUGGGGUUCCCCCUGAAUAUUUUAUAUCCAAUAACUGAUGAAGAUUUGAAGAAAGAAAAAAAUGUUUCUUGUUGUCAGGUGCUAAAUGGAAGAGCAUGUCAAAUGCAGACAAACAGCCUUACUACGAAGAACAGUCCAGGCUUAGCAAACUUCACAUGGAGAAACAUCCAGACUAUCGUUACAGG